AUGAGCGCCGAACGUGCCCAACCGUCCAAAAGACGAUGCGUCAGCACAGCCUGUGUCGCCUGCCGCAAAAGGAAUGUGAUGGAAACCUGCCCAGCUGUGCAGCUUGUUCCUCAGUAUAUCAUACACCUUGUGUAUAUGAUCCAAACUCGGAUCACCGCCGCAAAGGCAAUAUUAAACUACGACGAAGCAGAUGCCUUCGAACUAGUACGUCAGAUUCGCUCUUGCGAUGAUCUCGAAGAUGUAGCGGCUUCGGUGAUCGCCCAGGAGAAGGGGCUCAUGUCUACGGACCAAGCAGCAAAGGAGUCGGCCAGCAAUGAGAAUAUGGCUGAGAUAGAUCAAUUCGAGUCAGAGCUGGCUGGCAAGAUGAGUGAGCUCAUGCUCGACGGUUCUCGCAAAUUUAUUGGCGGUACCUCGAACCUCAUCUUCUUGCCGCCAGGCUCUGAGCUGCACGAGUCUGCUUCAAUUCAAAACAACCUCGCCCUCAUUGCCGAUAACCAAACCCACGCUGUGAGCCGCUGGACCGAAGUCACAGACGACGACUCCCUAAUCAGCCAUCUAAUGACCAUGUACUUUACAUGGCACUAUCCGUUCUUCACUACCUUGUCUAAGAAUAUGUUCUAUCGGGAUUACAUCCGCGGAGUUUCCAGCUCAUAUUGCUCUUCGUUACUCGUCAAUGCUAUCCUAGCUCUGGGCUGCCAUUUCAGCUCGUGGCAAGGUGCUUUUGAUGAUCCUCAGGAUUUGGCAACUGCAGGAAAUCAUUUCUUCAAAGAGGCGAAGCGACUCGUAUUGGAAAAUGACGAACAUGAGAACGCAAAGCUUUGCACUGUCCAAGCAUUCGCACUUAUGUCUGUCCGAGAGGCGGGAUGUGGGCGUGAAGGAAAAGGCUGGGUCUAUAGUGGUCUCAGUUUCCGCAUGGCUUUUGAUCUUGGGUUAAAUCUCGAUUCGGCGAAUCUUGGGGCGCACAGCCUCAGCGAAGAAGAGAUUGACGCUCGGCGGAUAACCUUUUGGGGUUGCUAUCUCAUUGACAAAUGCUGGUCAAAUUACCUCGGUCGCCAGCCCCAGUUGACCUCGGCAAAUGCCAAUGUGCCCAAGUUUGAUGUGUUGCCACAGGAGGAAGCAGAGCUGUGGUCGCCCUAUACUGAUUCCGGAGUCGGUCACGAGAACACGCAACCAUCACGAACCAGGGCUGUCGCCCUCCAAAUAUCCAAACUGAGCGAGAUCAGCAGCGAUGUGCUUGUGUUUUUCUACCAUCCGACCGAACUUGAAAACUCCCAGCCCAAGCAGUCGGAACUGAAGAAACUGAGCGAUGUUCACACCCGCCUUGAGGCAUGGAAAAACAAUCUGCCCAGGGAACUGGUAGCAAAAGAAGGACAGCUACCACAAGUGCUUGUCAUGCACAUGCUGUAUCAGCUUCAGAUAAUCCAUUUAUACCGACCAUUCCUGAAGUAUACCAAGACAAAUACCCCGCUACCUUCCCAUGUCUCACCUCGCAAGAUAUGCACACAGGCCGCUGCGACUGUUUCCAAGCUGCUUCGCAUAUACAAACGAGGAUAUGGACUGAAACAGAUCUGCAACAUCGCUGUCUAUAUUGCCCACACUGCAUGCACCGUCCAUCUUCUCAACCUCCCGGACAAAAAUGCCCAGAGAGAUGUGAUACAUGGCCUCAAAAAUCUCGAAGAAAUGGCAGAGGGCUGGCUCUGUGCUCGACGUACCCUCCGCAUCCUCGACAUAUCCGCAAACAAAUGGCAAGUAGAGUUGCCACCAGAGGCAGUCUCAAUAUUUGAACGCACACAUAACAAAUGGGGAUCCUGGGGCUCUUGGGACCAGACCACUUCCCCCUCAACAUCCGACGAUUAUCCCAUCGCGCCCGUAUUACAACCCCCCUACAACUCCAAGCCGAUUUUCACCAUCUGGGCCCCAAUUCCAGAAUUCUCGCACCGGACCCAUCCCCAUGGUUGA